CAUCCGCCGCCUGCACUCCAGUCACAGCACCGACACGCGCACCCAGCUGGAGGAGACGCUGCAGCUGCGCACGGAGAGCCGCAGGGCAGCCUGCGAGGGGACAGCCUGCGAGGGGACAGCCUGCGAGGGGACAGCCUGCGAGGCACCAGCAUCUGCUCUGCGAUGAGUGAAGAGGCCGAGGGCCGCAGUUACUCCACCCUGUCCACGGUGCGGGAGAUCGAGACGCAGACCGAAGUCCCCGUGUCCCCACUGCUGUCCCCGUCCCUGGAGGGCAAAGAGGUGAAGGAGGAGGAGGAGGACGGUGGGGACAACCCCAUCAAGCAGGCAAUGACGCACUUUGUGCAGGAGAACGGCAUGCUGCAGGCACGGCCCAGCACCAACGGCAUCUACAUCAACGGGCGCGGGCACCUGGUGUGAGCGGGGACACGGGGCCGAGGGGGGGGGACAUCGACACGCCGCCGUCCCCUCCCUGCCACCCCGGCGUGGUGCCGCCGCGUCCCGUGCCCCAUCGUCACCCCUUGGUGCCGGCGUGAGGUUGGGGACGCGCGCUGUGUCGUGGGGACGGCAGUUCUGUCCCCAAAGGCGCCGCGUCUGGGACGUGUGCUGUGCGCUCUGAGCCCGUGUGUCACCUGGUGCUGGCACGAGGUUGGGGACAUGCGCCGUGCCGCCAGGAUGGGGCUCCGUCCCCAAACGCCGCCCUGGGUGCUGGUAGCGCCUCUGGGUCCCCACACAGCGCCCUCGCUGCCGGCACCGAGCUGGGGGCCGAGCCGUGCCCCAAGAAUGGACUCUUGUCUCCAAAUGCCACCUCUGCUGCUUGGGACGAUGCUGGGGACGUGCGCCGUGCAGCUGGACUCUGUCCCCAAAGUGCCACCUCUGCUGCAUGGCGCAGGACUGGGGACGUGCGCCGUGCCACCAGGAGGGGUCCUGUCCCCAAAUGCGCUGCAUCUGGGGCGCAUGCUGUGCCGCUGGGACUCUGUCCCCAGAUGCCACCCCUGCUGCUCGGUGCAGGGCUGAGGACGUGUGCCGUGACAUCAGGAUGGGGUUUUGUCCCCAAACGCCACCCGUGCUGCUGGUGUGAGGUUGGGGAUGUGCACUUUGCUGGGUUCCUGUCCCCAGAUGCCACCUCUGCUGCUUGGAACAGGGUUGGGGACACGCUCUGUGCCACCAGGAUGGGGUCCUGUCCCUCGGUGCCACUCUCUGCUUGGCAUCAGGCUGGUGAUACACGCUGUGCCACCAGGGCUCUGUCCCCAGAUGCCACCUGUGCCGCUUGGUGCAGGUUUGGGGACAUGCGCUGUGCCACCAGGAUGGGCUUCUGUCCCCGUGUGCCACCCCCGCUGCGUGGGACAAGGCUGGGGACGUGUGCCACGACCCGGGACUGAGCCCCGUCCCCAAACGCCACCUCUGUACACCACAGAACUGGGGACGUGCGCCGAGCCCCGUCCCCAAAUGCCA